UUCCAGUGACAAUAGGAGAGAGAGAAAAGAACUUAAAAUACGAGUUGACUUUUGUUCUUCAAUUCAUUAGAAAAGAGUGUAAUUUGAUCUAAGUUAAGGCACUAAUCAAUUUGAUAUUGAAGAUCGUAGUCGGUUAAUAACAAUAAAUACUUUUUAUAUUUACAAGUUUUUGGAUGUGAACUAUCAAAAUCGUCUCAAAACUAUGAACAAUAGUAACUACAUUUCUGUUUGAUAAUAAUUCUUAUCUAAGUUACGCAGUGUUGUACAUAAGUUUUUCGAAACCAGACUGACUGUAGAGAUAUUUUGGUUACGUUUGUGGCAGUUAUAUCGGACAGGUGUGAAGUUAAGUGCGCGCGCGUCUUUUACGUGCCUAAAUUGUGUGACUCACAAUUAAUUUUUUAGGUUUAAACGACUUAUUUCGAAACGACCCGAAUACACAAUUCGAAACAAUGGAUUUGUCAAGAACGUAUUCAAGCUUUUCAAUGAUCCAAACUGUGGCAAGAUGGGCUGGAGUUCUUGGUGCGAUUCAAUCAGUGACAUGGAUUAUUUUAUCGAUAAUUACAAUUUUAUUGUAUCUCUGUAUCUUUGAUCUGGAUGAAUUAGUUAGUUAUGGAUCAAUUACGAAAUUUGUUCUCUAUGAGAUGUACUUUAGAGGCAGUUGUGAAUUGGAUCCAAGUCCUGAUAUUAAUUUCACCCAAUUGAAAAGCGUGAAAACCGUUUUAAACUCAACCCAGAUACUUAUUUGGGCUUGUGUUUAUUUGGCUGUUUCUUUGGUUUGGUUUACAAGCUCGUGUUUACUUUCUACUCAUGUUAAGAAACGUAACAUAAAUGUUAGCAUAGCAGUUUUAUGCACUUGGGCAAGUGCUGCACUUAUAACUUGCUGCAUGGAUUUGGCUCUGGGAAUUAUGUUUGGUAUUGAUUUUGGUCGAUAUCAACGGAAAGCAUAUCAAUAUAGCAUGUCAAGCUCUCAACCUGGACCUGUAAAUACUGACAUCAAUAUAGCACAGAUACUUGCAGCUGAAUAUUCAGCUAUUUUCAUGAUGUUAAUUUCGAUGAAAGGAUUCGUUUUAUGGUUGAUUAAUUUUGGUUUGAUGAUUUAUGUAUUUAUUGGAGCAUAUGUUGCAAGAGACCUUGUGCAUGACUUUAUCAAUCAUACUUUCAAUAACAGUCACACCUCACCUAUUCACGCUUUUGAACCGAAAGAUGAAACUGGUUUUGAUAAUGCAGCUUUUGUUGUAGAACCACGGCAGCACAAUAAACCAGUUGAAUUGAACGAAGAAUCAAUUAAACGAGCUGCUCGCAUGUCUACGGAUAAUCUUCAAGAGAGACGCUUCCGUAAUAUUGACAGUUUUGAGCAAUAUCCUCCAGUGAAAGUACCACAGUUACCAUUGCAACAGCAGCCACACCAACAAUUCGCUCAAACUAAUAGCUUUGAGCCAACACUCCCAGCACCUGAUUAUACUCCGCCAAUGCCGAGAUCAAAUCAAAACGGUCAAGUUCGGAAUUCAAGAUACCAAUAGCCACCAUGGCGAACAAAUCCUGAUUUUUUUCAAUAAUUUUAAUUUUAUUUGUAUUUCAUUUCUCUGCCAUGUAGGGCUGAGCUGACGUAUGUACAUCACAGAAUUCUAAGACUAUUUUACAUUAUGUAUUUUUUUUCUUAAUUUCAUUUAUAAAUAACACAAACUUUAGACAGAUAAAUAAUUUAAUAAAAAUUACCAACAAAUCUAUUAUGAGAUUCAAUAACGCUACUGCAAUAUUGUUGAUUAUAAUACAAAAUUGAACUUAUAAAUAUUAUUUACUUUA